CUCAUUUUUACCGGUGCGGUUGCGGCACGAGAAUCAACUUAACUUCAUCUAUAUAAAAUAAAAUUUUAUUUUAUCGUUUAUAAAUCGAAUUUUGAGGAUGGCGGAAGAAUUUGGCGUGUCUUUUAAAAUUCCUAACGAUAAAGAUACCGUCGAUAAAUUACUUCAUCGGAAAAAUUACACAUUUUUCUUCGAUUUUUAUGAUGAGUUACCAUCAGCUCACGAAACAGAUCCAGAAUACGAACAAUUUUUAGCAGAUGUGUGGGUGGGAAUUGUGUUAACCCUUAUGGUUUUGUGUUGUGUUUGCUGUAUGUGCAGCUGUUUACUUUAUCAUAAAUUUCAACAAUGGAAAAGAAGUGUUGAAGAACGUAGAAGAGAAGACUUAGAGGCAACGGUAUCAGAAUGCGAAUCCUUGCCUAGUUACACGAUAGUUUCCGGCUUGCCCACGUACGAAGAGGCCUUGGAACAAUUGAAAAAGGUCGGAGAACUCUCAAAAGAAUCGGCGUUGACCACGGCAGCGGCGGCGGUGCCCCCGGAACCACCAAGAACCCACGCCACCGGAACCACCGUUCAACCAACGACGGUUCAAAGACUCUCCGUCAUUGAACUUUUUCAACUUCACAGAGAAAGAUCAUCAUCAACAACGGCAAACAUUAAAAUGUAAAAAAUUAAUGUUUGGAUGUUAGUUUAAGUUUAUAAUUGUAUAUGAUUUUAUUUAAUGGGCUGUGUUAAUUUUUAAGAAUCAUUAAUGAUUAAUUAAAUUUCUUUACUUAAAAAUUGUACUUAAUAUUGGAUACAAAGACUGAUACAUAAUAAGUUUUCUUUUGAAUAAAAUAAAACUCAUUUAACUUGUUUUGUAAAUCGGAAAAUGUACGUCAUCGAACAAUGUACAUAUUUAGCUAUGUACGUCCGCAACAUUCCGAGCGAUCUAUUGGUAAUUCCAGGUAUAUACAUCAAUUUAUAAGACAAUAAUGACGUUGGUUGUUGAAUUGUUUCCCUUUCCUAGAAACAUUUUUUUUAAUCACCUAACGUCAUUUAUCAUACGACCGAUUAUUUAACUUACAAAUUAAGAUUGCGUAAUGUGAUAAUUAAUAAGGAACUUAGACGAUUUAGUAAUUUAUAAUAAACCGUAACUAAAAUAAAUAAAUAAAAUUAUUUCCUUUCAA